AUGGGUGCUAAAACGGCUAAAAAGGUGUCGAACAUCAAGGCUGAGCAAUCCGCCGCCAAGAAAUCUUCAGACGAUUCACCAAGAGCCACGCGAUCUACCAAACGCGAGCGCGCCUCGUCGAGCGCAAAUGACGUUCCGGAGCGUGAAGAACCCACGAGCCGACGCUCGAACGAAUCUGACGACGGAGACGACCGGGAGACGAAGAGACGCUGCGACGCUGUUGGCGCCGCGCACGACGCGGUUGACAAGGACGACGUCAAGACGCUCGUGCGCAUCGAUGGAAACGCCGGACGCGUGAUCGGUAAGGGUGGAGAGACCGUGCGGUACAUAGAGACUGUGUGCGAGGUGCGAGUAGAGUUUAGGAGGGACGAGGGUGUGGCGGUGGUGACACCGCGCGCGGACUUUGGCGGAACGCGGGAGGAGAAAUUAGCAAAUACGCGACGCGCGAAGGCUCUGAUCGAGGAGGUGGCGAACACGGGACACAUAAUGGAGCGUUUGACGGCGGAGGCUCCGGUGGGGGUGAACGCGGGGAUGCAUAUUGACGAGAGCGUCAUCCCGGCGGAGUUGUUGCGCGGUGAAGACGAUGACGAGUUGGAGUUUCAGAUUCCGUGUCCGGGUAAGGAAGGGCGAGUGAUCGGACGAGGCGCGGCAACGAUUCGAGAGAUCAGCGCUCGAAGCGGGGCGAGCUGUCACGUUGUUCGAGGGAGCGGGGUGUGCGUGGCAAAGGGCAAGCGGAAGUGCGUUCGAGUGGCAUAUCAAAUGGUGCAUGACACGUUGGAGUUACAGGUGGACAGAUUCGGCGUCGCGACGGAUGGGACGCAGCUCACGCAGUCACAGCCGCAGAUCGGGAUCACACACCCACCGACGUCGGCGAUGAUGUAUCCACCGCAAGGUCAACCGGGGCAGGUCGUGAGGCUUCAAGGACUUCCACAGGGCGCAGUCGUUAUAAAUGGGAUGACCAUGGUUCCUCUGUCUUCAAUAGGUUUAGCGCCCGCACCGGUGGCGAAUCCGGUGUCAACAGGAUUGGACACUACGAUCGAGGUCCCGUGCGCGGGUUCUGAGGGACGAAUAGUGGGUAAAGGAGGCGAGAUGAUAAAGCACCUCCGCGCGGUCACUGGGUGCAUGGUGGACAUCAAGAACAAUAAAUCGCCCUCGGCGGUUGUCGUGAUCUCAGGAACGCCGUACAACGCCGAGCUCUGUCGCUCCUACGUGUACGAAGUCAUGGAGAACGGUGACACUCGAGCAUUGGGGAAAUUAGGAGGUGCGCCGCAUCAAGGCGCGCCGCCAGUGCAGCAGCUAUAUCAACAACAGACGCAGUACUACGCGCCUCCAGUUCCAGCCAACGUCGGCGGAAUCUGGAACCGAUACUACGACGGUCAAGGAAAACCGUACGAGCAUAAUCCGGUGACUAAUGAAACGCGAUGGGUGUAG